AACUUAGUUUGACGUUUAUCUGCAGUGUAGAUCAAAACAAAAUAAUAUUCUGUUUUAUCAAGAAGCUCAUUAAUAAAACAGUCCUCUAUCGCUGGCUUCAAUAGGAAAGCAGGGUUGGUGUUAUCAUGAGCAGUUGAUGUUUCUAUAUUUAUCUCAAAGGUUCAAUAUGGACGUUAGGAUUGCUUCAUCAAAAACCAAAUCUCUGUCUUCUUAGUUUCUGAACUGAACCGUUCUGUCAACACGUUCUUUUUAUUCUUUGAAAUGACAGUAUUAUUGGUUGUCAGACUGAGCUGCCAACAAUCUGACUGAAGGUUUAUAAGCUGUUAUCACACUUGAAGUGUGGGAGUGUUUGCCCCGGAGGUUUCUUCUCACUUCAGGGUAUUCUUCUUCUUCUUUUUCUUCUGUUUUUGUUUUCUUAACUUCCUGAUUUCUGCUUCCUCUCAGUUUUUUAUUUUCCUUGAUUUCUUCCCUUAUCUGCUUCUUGUGUUAUUUUCGAAAUGUUAAACCAUGUUGACAUCCCACCAUUUCUUCUUUUCUCUUGCCCCCUUUCUUCCCUAUGAAUUAGUACAUCCUUUAAGGUCAUGUUUCCUCUUUGUUUCAUUCAUCAGUAUCUUCAUCUUUGCAUUUUUUCCAGCUUUAUAUUCAAGAUAAGUGGUUGCCCAUUCCCCCCCCCCCCCCCCCUUCUUUAAGUCUUUCCUCAGGUCAGUCAUGGCUUGCGCUAUUUUGGUGGAGUUUGCCCUCUCCCUGCUGACUCUCAAUUAUCAGGUUGAACAUUAACUCCCAGGUUUCACCUUGCUGGUCCUUGGCCCACUAACUGCUCGUCAUCAGACAAACUACAGGCCGUGUUGUUUUCCGUACAUGCACGCUGCUGACAGACGAAGGAGAAGUAAGAGGAAGUCACUGGAGUAGAGAGAGGAAACAGUCAACGUGUAAAGGAAGCGGCAAGCCGUGGGAGCAUAGGGAGUAUCAAUGAAUAUCUGAAUCAUUGAAGCAGAUCUUAAGCGGAGGGAUCCGCGUUGGUUUUAUACCUCUGGAUCCAGUGAGAUUUUGUGUGGAAGAGUAUCGACUGUGAGCUACCGUCUUUGGCUGCGAGGAGGGAAAUGAAGCUCGCUCUCUCAUGGUAGUAAAAGUGAUGGAGCCCAUGACGGUGACGACGUCGGUAGUCGGACCAGAGGAGUUCGACCGCAAUGCCCCGCGGAUCUGCGGCGUGUGCGGCGAUAAGGCCACCGGCUUCCACUUCAACGCCAUGACGUGCGAAGGCUGCAAGGGAUUCUUCAGGCGCAGCAUGAAGCGCAAAGCCUCUUUCACCUGCCCGUUCAACGGGAGCUGCACCAUCACAAAGGACAACCGCCGCCACUGCCAGGCCUGCCGCCUCAAACGUUGCGUCGACAUCGGCAUGAUGAAAGAGUUCAUCCUGACGGACGAGGAAGUUCAGAGGAAGAAGGACAUGAUCGUAAAGAGGAAAGAGGAGGAGGCAGCCCGGGAGGCGAUGAGGCCUCGUCUGAACGACGAGCAGACCCGGAUCAUCUCCUCCCUGGUGGAAGCUCAUCACAAGACCUACGAUGCCUCCUAUUCGGACUUCUCCCGCUUCAGGCCUCCGGUGCGUGAAGGCCCAGUAACGCGCAGCGCCAGCAGAGCCGCCUCCCUUCAGUCUCUGUCUGACGCCUCCUCUGACUCAUUCAACCACUCACCAGAGUCUGUGGACACCAAGAUGAACUUCAGCAACCUGUUAAUGAUGUACCAGGACGGGGCGAGCAGUCCAGACUCCAGCGAGGAGGACACCAAGCUCUCGAUGCUGCCCCACCUGGCGGACCUGGUCUCGUACAGCAUCCAGAAGGUCAUCGGCUUUGCAAAGAUGAUCCCCGGCUUCAGAGAUCUGACGGCAGAAGACCAGAUCGCUCUGUUGAAGUCGAGUGCCAUCGAGAUCAUCAUGCUGCGUUCAAACCAGUCGUUCAACCUGGAGGACAUGUCCUGGAGCUGCGGAGGACCCGACUUCAAGUACUGCGUCACUGACGUCACAAAGGCCGGUCACACUCUGGAGCUAUUGGAGCCGCUGGUGAAGUUCCAGGUCGGUCUGAAGAAACUCAACCUGCACGAGGAGGAGCACGUGCUGCUCAUGGCCAUCUGCCUGCUCUCCCCAGAUCGUCCCGGCGUCCAGGACCACGGGCGCAUCGAGCAGCUCCAGGACCACCUGUCUGAGACCCUUCAGGCCUACAUCCGGGUCAACCAUCCAGGCGGGCGCCUCCUCUACGCCAAAAUGAUCCAGAAGCUGGCCGACCUGCGCAGCCUGAACGAGGAGCACUCCAAGCAGUACCGCUCGCUCUCCUUCCAGCCCGAGCACAGCAUGCAGCUCACCCCGCUGGUGCUGGAAGUGUUCGGCAGCGAGGUGUCAUAGCAGAGGAGGAGAGGCGCACACACACAGGAUGAUUUAACAACCCAAACCGCCUUUUUCCCCCAGCCCUGAUAAACCUGGACAUGUGGGAGAACGAAGGAUAAUCACCUCUUCAUAAUCUGCUCAUCCUCCUCCUCCUCCUGCUUCUCUUCCUCCUCCUCCUCCGCAUCUCUGGACCUCAAGCAGCAGACACCUGGACCUCUGGAUUAAUGGAUUUCAGACACCAUGAAAUGUUUCUGCAGUACUUGGAUAACCGGAUGAUCUCUGACCUCUGGAUUUGAAAACACAGUGCCGCAUUAAAUUUCAUUACAUCCAGAUCCCUUCUACCGGAAACAUAAAAAAAACCAACACCUUUAUCAUCACCACCUCGGAACCCUACCGCUGGACUCCUGCCUUUUUUCUGUUUUUUUUUACAGUGAUGACAGCUCGACGGAUGUGACUUCCACGUCCUUUAAUACCAUCAACCUCAUAACAUUGUUCCAUGUUCACACCGUCGCGGUGACUGACAGGAAUAGUCUCAGAUUUACUUCUUUUAACCAUGCUGCCACGCGUGAGGUACAGAUAUAUUUCUAGCCAUAUUACUUCACCAGUGUUAGACAGCUAUAAACAUUUACAGAUUUUUUAACAGCAAGGACAUCCAAAUAUAUAUAAAAGAUCUACUUAGCCAGCAAAGGAGCAAGCUUCAGAAAAGGCAUGGAAAUAAAACUUCAAUUUACUUUGUUAAGAUGGGAGUCUAGCAGGUGCGUUUUUAUGCCCUGUGUUUCAGUGUUUUGUGCAAACCAAGAGAGGUUUCAGACAGUCAGCUGAAGCUUAUGUUGGAGUGUUUUAGUGUAAAAAAAAAAAAAAGGAAGGGAAGGAAAAAGAGUAAAGGAGGUAGGAUGGAUGGAGAGGAAAUGCUACGGUUUGAGUUCCCUGAGGGGAAUUUCACAAAGCAAGAAUGUAUGUAUAAUGCUAUAUAAAUAUAAAUGAUACGUAUAAGCUGAUAUAUAUAUAUAUAAAUAUAUAUAUAAAUAUAUAUAUUUAAGAGAGUGUUUGCUUCUGAGAAAGCAAAACAGUUCUGAGUGUUGUAUAAUGUAAAAGAUAUGAAGGCGCCUCCUCAGCUGUGCGUGUGUGUGUGUCCUCUUUUAAACGACACACACACACACACACACACACACACACACACACACACACACACAUUAGAGCGCACUGAGAAGCGUGCGAGGAGUCCUUCUAAUUUUGGUGAUGUGUGUACAGUUUAUGAGAAUAUUGAUGGACCACAAGGGGGUGUGUGUACAGGCUCUGGCGGAGGGUUCAGUGCAGGGAAGCACCUCUCUGUUGAUGUUUUAUAGUCGUGCGUGGACCUGUGAAGUUUGUAGACUGACAUGCGCAAACACAACGUCACGUUUUAAGCCGAUGGUAAUUAUCCAAAACGAAGCGUUUGUUUCGGCUGCUUAGAUUUGCUGCUAAGACAGUUUAGAGCUCGAUAGUUGGACAGAAGCCAACUACCCGGCUGUUGCCUCAGGGAAAAAGUUUGUCUGGUGUAGUGUACUUGGUGUUUAUGGUGUGUGUGGCGUAAGCUUACAAUCAGAAGACAGAGAUUGUUUUUGAAGCUCUAUAUAGGCAUCACUGUGAUUUCUAAUCAAUACAAAAUAACAGCAUACGUAAGCUAACGGUGGAACCUUUUUUCAAAUGAUUACUAAAGAUUUUCAUUCCUGAGCUUAUCUGUUUGUAUUUAACUCAUUUUAAGAAACAGGUUGCAUGAGCAUAUUUGGACGUUAUCGUUAAAUUUAAAAGUCCCCCAUUAAAUGCUUUAGAGAACAGACAUUUACAUUUUAUUAUCAUCAUAAGCUUCGUUUCGUUUCAGGUCAAAGAAACUAUUCUACAGAUGGUAGCGCUGUACAGUAGUGAACAGUAUAUAGGAGCAUCUAGUGUUGGUCGAAUGAAAUCCUUCUGAUGCUCUAAACGGAGAGUUUGUAAACCGAGAAAGAAACUUUUUUUUAUACUCAAUAUAAAAAAAAAAUCAAGCCUCAUACUUUAUAGUCACAUUUAUAUCAUUUCAACACCAGCUACAUAAGCGAGGUUUUUAGGAUCUUACAUUUCAACAUCACUACAUAUCAUAUCACCUUUCUGUCGACACAUUGCAUGCUCACCCCCUCACGCAGGCCUGGAUCGCCCCCUUGUGGACAAACUUUGUAAAUACCACUUGCUACGUCUGUACAUAGUUAGAGAUUAAUGUAGGCAAAAUACGAGAAUUCAGAUGUUGACGGCAAGAUGCUCUGGAGAUACAGCACUAUAUGCAAAUUAGGAGAUGGACUCCUGUGUUUUAUUCAACUAUUACGGGACCUUAGGUGCAACUCCUGGUGAAACAUCUGACUUGUUCUUGGGCGCCCAGUAGAAGACUGCUGGAUUUGGGUUUGACCAGUUUGGCUUUUUUAAAAGCUGACGCUCAGUACAUGAGACAUUUGAUCACAGAUCAAGGCUAGGUCAGAAUUGCCAUUCAUUCCUCCUGUGUCAAUGUAGCUGCCCCACUUCCUUUUGGGGACUAAAGAAACAAUCAAUCAAUCUUUAAUUUAAGUAUAGCACCCAUUCAUAACAAAUGCUAUCUUUACACUGCUUUACAAAAAGCAGUGAAGAAGUAGUCAUUCCUCGAAAUGCCCCCAACCACAAAUCUGAAGAAAACUCAAAAAGAGGACUGACAGAAAAAGCAGCAGAAUGCUUUUCAAACUGAGGAGGUGUAACAUUGAACAUGGCUUCUUCUGCAGGGAAGGUAGCCCCUAUUUUUACAACUAAUUAUGUAAAAUCAUGCAUGGUGUGUCCCUUCUCCAAGGUGAAGAUUUAAACACCUAACUCUCCAGUUGCAGGCACCUAAAGACCCCUCAGAGGGGGGAUGUAAGGAUUGGGUUCAACACUGUUGUUGUCACUUUUUAAAGAGCCAGACUUGGUCACACUCUGUUAUCGACGAUGCUCGUCUUCACUCUUGCAAUGAUGAGACUCAUGUGUUGUGAUUGCAAAGGCUUUAUGUGACUGAACAUUCCCGGUGGUGGUCUCGUUGAGCGUUUCCAGCCAGCUGAGACCCCGUGCACGAUCUAAACUAAAAAAAAACAUCAGUCUGAGCAUCAGUCUCUGCAGCAGGUUUUCUACAGGCACCCAACAGCUCAACCAGGAAGUGUCCUCUGUGUCCCUUUCAAGCUUAUGGAUGUACAUCUUCUCUCUUUCUCUCUUUUUCUGAAGUCUAUCGAAAAGCUUUUGACAAUUAUACAGUGUACCCAUUAUAUCUUCAUUUUGGUGAUUUUAUUUUAUUUUUUCACUCAAUUUUCUUUUUUUCUUUUCAAGAUUGUCAAUAUUAAUGCGUGUCAGAGUUUGCUGUCUAGCUAGCGCUUUGCUUUCUGCGCUGGAACGUCGUUUAAAAUGAAGCAGAGACGAGCGCGGUGGACUCCUGGAGCCUUUUCCAAACGCAAAUGAUCGAGAUCCCCUUCCCCCUUUUUUAUGGACUGAAUACAGAACAGCCCCCUUUUUAACCAAUGGCGUGGCUUCCCUCUUUGUUCAGACAAGGAAGCUCAGUGGCAACCAAUCACCUUCCUGUUUGUUAAGGGAGGAAAACACCUGGAGUUGUAAUCUGAGGGGAAGGGGAAACGGCGGAGCUGAAUCUCUUCAUUUUCAAUGGAAAGGCGGUCAUCAGCUCUGUAAAAGUAAAGAAAAAAAACCGCUACAUCUGCUUUUCCAGAAGCAGGAUGUACCAACACAAUCAAGUGAUCGUGAACUAACACUGCCUCACAUGACUGACACGGGAUUCAGCCAGUGGCAUCCGCGACAGCAUGGGCGUGCCUCUACAUUCAUCACUCAACCAUCUAACCGCCUCCUUUUCUGCAAUAGCCAACUACAGCAGGAUUACUCUUCAUAGCUUUAACUCAGCAGCCAUUCAGGCUCUGCUUCUUUGGAAGGAAAAAAGAAACUCAAGAAAACAACAACAACAACUCACCAAGGGCUGAUAGUAAGAGUCGCAGAUUUAGCUGCUUCAGAAUGGGAUGUGUCACUUUACUGUGAAAUGGACAAUGCAGGAAUAGCUCCUUUUUUUUUUUUUUUUGCCCCCCAGGAUGAAAAAGAAAAAGUUUUGGAUUGGACCUCAAGAAGACUGUGUAGAUCUGUAUAGAGAAUUCUUAGGAGAAAAUGUAUUUUUAAAAAGAAGAUUUGCCACAUGGGGACGUAGUGACGGUCUGUACAGGGCGGUGUGUGCAGUGACUGACGAUGACAUGUCGCCUCCUAAACCCAAAGUGUGACAUUUACCUUUCUCACAACUCGGUGUCUUGCAUUGCAGCUCAUGGAACUUUUUUUUUUUUUUUUGGUUGUUGUUGUUGUUACACAAUCAUCAUUUUGUUUUAGGAAUAGUUUUUGAACUACAUAAAAAAAAGGAGACUUUUUUACAUUUAACUACAACUUCUACAUUAUCUGUUUGAAAAGGAAUGCAGGACAGAGGGGGGACGACGGAGAGGCUGUGCCGCUCUUUUUUUUUUUUUAACGGUUCUGAGGAGUUCCCUCCAGAUUAAAAAAGGCCAUGUUUCUUUCCUUUCACAUUGGGAAUAAACGUGGCUUCACGAUAGAUCUGGCCUCACAAACUUACAGUAGGUGUGUGAGUUUUGUGAGAGGGUUCAUUAGCGAUCAAUUGAACCGAAACAAGGCGGCUGUCUCUCCCCUCUCUCCCCCCUCGUCCCCUCAACCCAGGUCAGCAGCUCCACCUCAGUAGCCUUACUUACAAAACCUCACUCAGCUGGAAACAUUUAACAGAUACCUCAGUAAUCAUUUACAGGAUGACUUGUUUUACAAUAGCCUUUAAGGGAACCAAACAUAAACCCACAACAUACACAGAAAAACGACUUCCAUCUCCUCAGCGACCUCCGCAGUGUUCUCUGUCUUUACCACAGUAAACUAGAUGCCAGUUUUUUAGAAAGAAAGAGGAAGGUUGUCGGUUAGAAUCCUCUGAGUCCUGAGUGGAUCCCAAUGGUUCUCGAUGUUUCUAACUCUCACUCUGUGUGUCGUUCUGCUCUACUCACCUCGACCCUCAUCGCUGCCUCAUUCUGUGUGUUUUCUGUCUGUGUUGUCUCUGCGAACAGACGACGUGCCGCCAAGCUUCGGCUCUGCGUUUUUAACCCAACAUACUACCUCUCCCUUCCGCACAUAUAUACUGUGUGUGUGUGUGUGUGUGUGUGUGUGUGUGUGUGUGCGUGUGUGUGUGUGUGUGUGUGUAAAAACACACAUGUUUAGUUGCAGCAUGAUUGUGUUUACGAUUUUAACACUUACUUAGGAAGGUUUUUGUUUAUAUGUACAGUCUUUUCCUUUUUAACGAUUUUCAAAUGCUGGAUGAUCUUCUUUUUUUUUUUUUUUAAACCUCAAAUCUUAGUAAAAGUCAGUAAAAAGAGAGAAAGGCCUCGUCAGUAUCAUGUCACCACUCAGGUGUGUAAAUGCAUGAAGCUACAUUCACAUAACUUUUAUGACAACACAAAGUUCUUGAAGUGGGUAGGUGACACAUUUCUAAAUGUUUUAAAACAUUUGUGGGAACACAGACCCCCUAAAGAAGCUUCAGAGUUAAGGUAGCUUUGCUCACCUGGCUCGAGCAUACAGGAAAGGGAGACGCAGUAAAAAGAAAGACAGGUUUGGGUAGUUUGCUUACAGAUGCAGUGUUUGCUCUUUGUUUGUUUCUCAAAACCAAGUGUAUUCACCUGGUUCAGAUUCAACAGUGAGUGAAACAAACAACUUCAAAAUAAGCCGAGAGGGACAGGGGACUUAAUGUGAACUACGGUUGAAUAAGAAAUUGAUCCCACUCUCAUGUCUGACCAUUAAAAAAGUAUCUAAUGGUGCGAGAAUGUUAGCGGAGCGAGAGCAGCAACUUCAGGAAAAAAGCUCAACUGACUGUUCAACAAAUAAUGAAUUAAAAGCACUUCUUGUUGGUUUAAAAAAAACAUUUUACUUGUUAUGAAGUGAGUUCUGUAGAGUAGAUUGUGUUAACUACACAAUCGUCCAGGCUAGCUGUUUUAUGCUAAGCUAAGCUAACCUACUCUCUGAAUUUAGCUGCAUAAUAAACACGGAGGCAUGAAAGUGAUAAAGUGACAUUUUGCUCCUCAGAGGAACAGUCAGCGGUUGUGGAAUAAGCUAUUUAAAGAGAAUAAUGACACUAAACUAACGUGAGACGAUGCUGAAUCUUAACCAGAGCAGGUUAGGGAAUAUAGAAAUAUUUUAAUAUAAGAAAAUUGAAGGAGAUGUUCAAGUUCAUCGAGCACAUUUUUGUCAGAAAAUACUAAAAGAAAAUAAAAAAAGAGAAGAUAAUGUUCUGGUUUCAGUCUGUUAUAUGAAUGUAGCAUGAACCUGCAGCGUGCACACUUCAGAGGCAAACAGUGUUACAAAGUCGUUUGGACUCCGGCGGAACAGGAGGCUCCUCCUUAAGAUCGGGAACACCUUUAAAUUAUUUUUGAUACUACUAAACUUACAGCUGUUUUGACGAUGUCAUCAGCUUUGACCAGAAGACGACUUGACUCGGUGACUCGGUUAUACUUCUGGAGGUCAGGGUGCUCGAUGGUGAUGCACCGUCACAGUCAUCUUAAUCAGACCAGAGCGACCAUUUUCAGAUUAACUCGCCCGCUCAGCGACAAAGAGUUAGAAAGAGUUAGAGAGAAAAAUACCGACUUAGAUAAUAAGGAUGUUUGUUCGACUCUGAUACUACGCAGUAUGUGUGGCCCCCUCAGUCUGCUUCGUUUGUCUCUGACUCUAGCUUUUCCUCAAACCUCUGAAAAGGCUUUCUAACAUUGGGAUCCCAUUUUUAGAUAGUCUAGAGAUACAAGUAGUGUUUUUUUCUGCUCCACAGCUUGCUGAGUCUCUCACACACACACACACACACACCUGCUCCAGCUCAACCGCGGCACUCGGCCUUCUUCACUCUGCUUCCGAGUCCUUCAUCGGUCCGCUGCUUUCACUCUGCUUUCAUGAAAACCAGGCCUUUUAAAAGACAUGCUGUGAAUGACACGACAAGCCUUUGGUGAUCACUUUUUGUAUCGUAUGGACUAAUGAAUCACAUUUCAGCUCACAGCAUGUGCAAGUUCACUCUCUGCUCAGUUUGUAUUGCAAUCAGCUGAAGAUGAUGACGACGAUGAUGAUGGAAAGCUUUGAGCCGUUAUGGAAAUAGAAAAGUUUCAUUUCAUAAGUGUGACAUGUUUUAUUACCUUUUGGAUAGAAAAAAAAAGUGACUUAAUUUGUCAGAAUGAAACUCGUUUGUCUGAUGAAUUAAAAAAAAAGAAGUUUAUUGGACUUAAGUGAAGUGAUUCCUGAAAUAUGAAAUGAGAAUAAUCUGGCUAACCUGAAUAACCACAUCCAAAACAUCAAAUGUUAGUCUGUCCUCAGGAAUUGUCGAGUUAUUUUAACACCUUCAUAGAGGAAGGUCCGAGCAGUUUGUGGAUUGUUGAAGUAGAUCUCUUCAGCUGUCAGCCGUGAUGAAGGCUGUCUUUAACGUUGUUUAAUCCUUAGUGGCAAACGUGAAAGUAUUCCAAUAAAAUAUUGAUUUUGAUUUGGUUGCUUACAAAGCCAGAAAAUAAUGAAGACAACAGUUAAUCAGUUAUUCUUCCUUUAAGAACAUGGGGGGGUUGGUGGUCUACCUUUUCUCUGGUCGGUUUGUUAUUGUAAUCGUGCUCCGUUCUGAUUUAUGGAGCGUUUGUUUGACAGACUCUAACACUACUCUACUCUAACACUGAACAAAUGAACUGACUGAAUCAAAGGUAGACAACCAACCCCUGUAAUAGACCUGGUCAAAUGAUUAUUCCUCUCUAUGAUAUCUGGUGCCCUUCAUUUUGAGGAGAACGAUGUGAUGUCUGUUUCUUGUUAAAGAGACAUCAAAAUGUUUUUCUCCCUGUGAGGAUCUUUUCCGUGAUAUUAAGUCAACCUCUCCGGAGUAGUAUCAUGUUUUGAGAUGACAGCUGUGUCGCUGCUGCCAGUGCCGCAGAUCUACUGCAACAACUCCAAACCAAUCCCAAAGUACAAGUUUAAUAAGAAAAAGAAACAUGUUGACAUAGAGCUCGUGUUCAGAAUGAUUUCCUCCUCAAAGGUCAAAUGUCUGGACCCUUAGGAGAGCGGGUAGACAGGAAGAGGGCUUUUCUACUGUCCUGACGGGUGAUUGGCCGUCAUUCAGGAUUGUUGUUCAUCUGUUGCUCUGAUUGCAUUUCUCUGCUACCUCUUUAAAUAUGCGCUUGCUCACACACACACACACACACACACACACACACACACACACACACACACACACACACACACACACACACACACACACGCGCGCGCACUGCAGAAAGACUGCGCUCACAAGCGAACACACAGACUGACAAAAAGACCAACACUGAACACUAAACACACACUCAGAAGGACAAACACACACAUGUGACGCACACCUGUGUGCACUUCUCUCUCUCUCUCUCUCUCUCUCCCUCACCAGCAGUUUUUUGCCAAUGAUGCACUUGUUGUUUUGUCUCUAUGCUCUGCAAAACAUGUGACGUCUCAAAAUGAUUUGUUGUCAUCAUCUGUGUUUGUCUUCUUCUCUUUUUUUUUUAAAUAAAAACUCUAAUCUCUGUAGUCGCACUUUGGGCUAGCCGGGUGGUUAGAAAAUAAAACCAUGAAUUCAUCCAGUACAGAAAGAAAGUUUAAUGUCUUUUUAAAUAAAUAAAUAAAAAACCAACAUAAAUGCACAUAUUGCUCAGCUCAGUUGUAACCUUGGUGUGCCUAGAACCCACAGCCUUAUUUUGGGACAAUAUCAGGGGUUUUAAAAGCAGAGUGCAGGACAACUUGUCUUUGUACUUCUGAUGUUAAGACAGUUUCAUUCAGUUCCAGUAGCUGUUCUGUUUCCCUCUCUUCACAUCCACACUUCUCAAAUUUUUCGUUUCGGUUUUUACGAGUUAGGGGUAGCUUGCUCACGGGAGGUUGCCACGUUGUCGGUCGUUCUUUAAUUCCAUUCAGCACUUUUAUUAUUUUUUUCUUGAUGAUUUCAGUGAACGUUUGUUCAUAUUGUAAGCUCUCCUGCUUCUAAAAACAGCAUCUGGUGUAAAACCCCGUACUGUGCUGAUGUACAGAAUCUUAAACAACUUAUUGAUUUUGUUUAAUUUGACUUGAUUGAACUUUGUUGUUGUUUUUUAAGAAUGACCAGCAGGCGGCGACCUCCCAUAGCAGGAAGUGUUGUCAUCAUUAAGAGGACAAAAUAAAAAAACAAACUAAAAGUUGUAGUUGUGUCCCAAGAUAAGAACCUUUCCCCGUCACCCAUGCACACCACCAUGCAGUAUAUCUCACCCGACCUCAGUGCUUCUAGCAGAAACUUGUCUUUUCAACAUAUACAGUUGCCAUGGCAGCGCUGUUGAUGGCACCGUCAGCAGCCUUAUUAUAAACAAAACAAAUAGUGUUAUACAAACAGAAUCUUAACCCAUGUCUCUCUCUCGCUCUCUCUCUCUCUCUUUGUGAACAGAAUCACCACCUGUUUAUUUUUUUGUGUUGCUCUUUUUCUUUUUUUUUUGCUCUUGUCUUUGAAGUUGAUUCAUUGUACUUUGAUUACAUGCAUUGUAUGUAGUAAAAAAAACUGAUAAUGUUUUGGGGAAAUCACAAAUAAAACAGCUGUACAUAAUGAUGCAAAACAUCA